UUGAAACUCUGAAAAAAUUUGAGAAAAUUAUAAUAUAUUCUUUGAAUUUUUCUUUCAUAGCAAAGGCUUUAUAUUAUAUUAUAUGAGAUAUAUGAUUUUCAACAACGGUAGAAAUGUUAUUUAAAAAAGUGAUCAAUUUCGCAUGGCAUGACCUACAUAUUUAACAACGCAAUCUUUUAAAUUUGGCGCGGCAUAUGUAUAUACCUUACGUAAUCUCUUAUACCUAUUAUUACUACUGCGCAUGCGCGUAUCCCAUAGCAACGCGUUCCGCUGUAUAUGAAACAUACGAUGUGUGUUAAUCCACAAGGACAGAAGUGAUCACAGUACUUGCUAGUUUUGUUAAAUAGAUUAUAAUUGAGAUACCAAGAAAAAUAUUAUUUUAAUUUAUAAAAUAAUGUCAGUGGAAGGGGAGUUUUUCUUAUCUAUUACAGGCUCAAUUGAAUAUGCAGAAUUCUACAAUGCCGAUAAUGCAUAUUGCAAGUACGGGUUUCAUUUUGGAUCCGAAUGGAGCGUUGUGGCAGGAAUUGAAGAAGGUCUGACACAAAUGUGCAAACGCAGUAACGAUCCCAGAAAUGUUAUUGUUUGGAACUUCCCAUUGGAAAUUACGUUCAAAAGCACAAAUCCACAUGGAUGGCCACAACUGAUAAUGUCUAUUUACGGAUUAGAUAUGUUCGAUCACGAUGUUAUUGAAGGUUACGGUGUAUGUCAUUUGCCUCUUAUAACGGGACAUCAUGAAAAAAAAGUUUCCAUUUAUGUUCCUCAAUCGUCUUCUACGUUGCAACAAUUCGCUGCUUGGUUGACAGGAAAAAGACCUGAAUUAAUUGAUCCAGCCAUAUUGGCCAGUGGUAGUGGACGAGAAUUGACUCGCAUGAAGGUUCAAGGACACGUUAUCUUGACCUUUAACGUCGUACUGAAAGAUUUUCUGAAAUUGGGCUACAACAAUGGAGAAAAUAAAGGAAAAUGAGCAAUAUUUUUUUUUCGUUUCUUUUUUCUUCUUUUUUUCUAUUAACGCAUCUCAUCUGACAUUUCCGUCUCACUUUAUUUUAUUUUUCUCGCCAUAAAUUUUCAUUAAAUUCUACUUGUACACUUAUAAUAUCUGUCUGAAUUCAAUUCGAAGUUACGCUUUGAUCUGUCUAUAUGUUCGUACUAAAUGAAACGCUAUAUGGUUGUGCCGUUCUAUUGUUAUUUUCUUAUUUUUAGACUUUGAUCUUUUUCAUGGAUAUGACUUCUUAAUAAUUUUCAAUUCAAUUUCAUCAUUUUGAUUUCUAUUGAAAAAUGUAACUGUUUUCGCACGAUGUAAUUAAUUUGAAUAAAAGGGAUCACUAAUUUCUAAGAGAUCAAAAUUCCAUAAUUCGUUAUAAAAGUAAUAGCUACAACAAUUUUAACCGUUUGCGUACCAGAGGGUUUUGACAAAACAUGAUUGAAAAACGCCGAGGAGCGCGAUAGCGCUCCUUCGAUUACGUAUCGAAAAAAGCCGAAGAGCGCGAUAGCGCUUGUCAUGUUCAAUGCGGUAAACAACGGGGCCGCGCUUUUCGUGUUUGUUUCUUUUAUACCAAAUUCAGUUAUGAAUGAAAAUAUAUAUAUAUAUAUAUAUAUAUAUAUAUAUAUAUAUAUAUUCUAUUAAUUUAGAAUAGGUAACAACAAAAUACAAAUUUGUUUACUGACAGCGAUGCGACGUACAUGCGUCUGAAAGGCUGAGAGCGUUUCAACAAAUUUCGGAUGGGCCGUCAGUUGUCUGUUUUGGCCAAAUGCCUUGGGUUUUUUCGAUACAAAAUCUGAAGAGCGCGAAAGUGGCCCGUGGUACGCAAACGGUUAACAAAGAAAUAGGAUUAUAUAUAGAAAUAUAAUGGUCCCUUGUUAUUUCGGUGAAGGUAAAUUGGCACGUAGUCAUGCAAAAUUUCUUCAUUAAUAUUCAUAUACUGGAUGUUAAGUAAAACAUAACCGGUUAUGGUACUUUAACAUUACACUUAUGGUUUCCUAAAAAAAGUUCUUAAGGCAAAACGACCCGGUUAUUAUCGUAUAUCACAAUGACAUUUUGACAAAACUAGGAAGUGCCAUGAUAACGUGGAAUUAAACGAAAUUAUUAUUGAGACUGCAGGAAACUAGGAAAUUACUCUCAUGGGACAUUUGCUAUCUUACCUCUCAAUGUUCAUUUCUUUACAUUUGCAUAUGGGUAUAAUGCAUAUGAAUGAGGAGGAUGAAAUAUGAGAGAGAUAAGCGUUCAUUGAAGUUUAUUAUGAUACAUUUUUUAGAAUGGUAUAGUAUUAGAAAAAUCGUAGGUUUUCUGGUUCUAUUUUUCUUUCCUCUAUGAGUUUCUUUCGUGACUUUAAUAAAUUGAAUACUACAGGUAUAACUAUUGAUCGAUACUCGAUUUGGCAGGCUUUUUUCUUGUGUUCUUUUUUUUUCUUUUUUUUUUUUUUUAUUUAAAACAUUAUUAAAAUUUUUUUUACGAUUUUUAGAAGACUAAAAGUUUGCUUUUAAUAAGAAUAAAGUCUAAUAUAAAAAUAUGAUAAUGAAAUUUCUUGCAUAUUUUAUUUAUUAAGAAGUUAUGAAAGGUAUUAGAUGAAUAUAUCGAUUUGUACAAGAUUAAUACGCAGCAAUUGACAUUUUAAUCAAUUUUAUUUAGAAAAAAUAGAAUACAUGUAUAAAUACAUAAAUACAUACAUAUAUAUCGAUUGAACGACUAAGGAAUAUACCAUUCAGUAAAUAGAAGAAUGAUAUGAAAAGAUAUCGUAUUCGAUUUUUUUCAUGAUUUAUCGUACUUCACAAGUUACUAGUUUAUAUAACGAUCAUUUAUAUAUUAUCGUCUACGAUGGAAUGUCAAUUUUUUUUUUAAUUUAUCAGCAGAUAAGAGAGUUGACUUAAGUUAAUUACUAUAAUAUUUUUUGCAAAAGACUUAAAUAUCUGUGCAUAGUUUGCAAAAGUUUCACAUUCGAAUUUCCAUUUCAAUUACGAUUUCAAAGAUUGAAAUGUACGAUACUUUGAUGUAUCUCACGAACGUACAUAUGUGUGUAUAUAUUUAUGUAUGUGUGAUUCGUGAUCAACUAAAAUGAACAAGCUUUUCGUUUCGCGAUUUCGUCCUUAUCAAAGGCGACAUUGUAUUAAAUUCAAAUAGUGAGCUUAUAAUAACAGUAAUACGCUUUUCGACUUUCGAACUGCAAGAAGUGUAACGCAUAACGUUGUAACUAAUGAAGCAAACAUUGUUAAUGAGGAAGGUAGAUUUUGAAUCAAGUUUAAAGAAAGGAAAAAAAGUAAAUAAAGAUGAGAAAUAUUUGUUUAGCUAAAAGAAAGAAUAAUAAUGUUAUUUCAAUAUUUAUAUAAUUUUAGAAUACUUCUCCAAAAUUCCUCCUAAUUAAUUAAUUAAUUAAUUAAUUAAUUAAUUAAUUAAUUAAUUAUCCUAUCAAAGAUAUUUCAGAUUGAUAUUUUUAUUUCGAAAGAAAAUACCAUUACAUAUAUCUAUAUUAAUGCUUAGAAGCUUAGAAUGUUCACGCACGCGUUGCUCUAAUAAAAAUUGCUGUAAUUGUAAAAUUCGUUGUAUUUUUUAUUUUAUUCGUAAUUUUUAAAUUUAUAAUAAUAACUAAAAUUAUUGUACUCAUAAGACGAUCCAAGAUAGCAGAAUUAUGUGUUUUGAUAUGACUUUGAUAUUAUUACAUUGAAAUAAGCCAUACUAAUUUGAGUCAUUAUUAGUGUUUCAAUUUUAAUGACACUUUUUAAACAAUUAAGAAAGGCUUUUUUAUUUCUUUAAAUUUUAUUUCUAACUUUCAUAUAAAAAUUAUACACGAAGCAUUAUUAUGAGAAUUAUAUUUGGUUGUUGAAAUGAAUCUGAAUAUGUUAAUGGAUUUCUUUUAUUUAUGACUAUUAAGCGGUAUCCAGAAUAUGAAUGCCUCUUGCUGGUAUAAAUUCUUUGCAAUUAUCUCAAGCUCUACAGUAUUUAUUCGAUCCCUGAAAAAAAUGAUUUAUUCUUUAAAUGAGUUUAAAAAAUAAAGUUAAACGUACUGCACGCGAAAAAAACUACAUAAAUCUAUAUAUCCAACUAAUACUUAAAUAUUUCUUAUAAUUUCUUAUUAAAACAAAAAAAAACAAAAAGAAAGAAAGUAUAGAUGAAUUACGAAUGUUUCCCAUAAGUCUGAUAAUAUUUACUAUUGGCAUCGAAUGACAAAAUAUUACUUAGCCCUACUUGUAGGUGGUCUUACAGUAUUGAUAAUAAUUACAGCAAUUAUGUCGUAUAUGGAAUAUCAAUACUUUAAACAAAAUCUAUUGUCAGGUAUCAUGCGAAAAAAAAAAUGAGAACAAUAGAUUUGUUCAGUAUUCUUUAUUUUUAUUUCGAUAAGAAUAUUUUUCUAUGCAUUCAUUAAGACUAUUAUUUUCUAUUAAUAUUAAGAGCAUGUUUUUUUAGCCAUCCAAAAAACAAAGUAAAGAUCAUUACAACUGUUACUAGAAUAUAUAUAUGUCGAAGGAUGUAAAAUAUCGUAAUAUCGUAUAUAUCUUAGUAGCAUCGUUUAUCAUAACUUUUGCAAUUAAGUUUUGCACCAAAAUUUAUGGCUUAUGUUUCUAUUCGUAGAAAGUCAUGUGAAUAAUAUGUAUAUUACAGUGAAAUAAGUUAUAUUUUAUUUUCACAAAUAUGCAAUUACAAUGAAUUUAUUAUUAUAUAUAAUAUAUAUACGUACAUAUAUUGUACAAUUUUCAGGUCACGGUUUACAUAAUAUACAAAUAUUUUCCAAGUUUUGUUACUAAUACAAAAUAGGAUCUGAAAGAUUGAUACAAAUCUAUAUUCAAGCGAUAAGAUCGCUCUUCGUAAUAAUUAAUUGGAAAUAUUUAAUUUUAGUCGAUAGUUAAGCGAUUACCCGUUCAUAAUGCCUUAGUAUUUAUAUAUACUUGUACAUAUAUACACACACACAUAUAUAUAUAUAUAUACACACACAUAUUAUAUCUAUUUAUUUAAAAUAACGAUUAAAUGCCAAUGUAAGAAAUAAUUCUAGCCGGAGAUCUGCCGCCAGCGCCAUUCUCCAUGCGGAAUGAUCUUAUCAUAGAGAAAUUACCAUAAUCAUUUAUUGUCUAAUAGUAUUAAAUUAUUAAUUAGGACUAUAUUUUUACAUAACAAUACUGACUCAGUUAUAACAAUCAAGAUAACACAGUAAUUCGUUCGGUCCUUCGAAGAAAGUUUAAAUCUUUUUCGAUAUAUCGUUUCUCCCUUGGGACAUUAUUCUCUAAUCUUGAAGACUAAGUUUCGUUGAUUCGACGAAAGUUCGUAAAUAAAAAAGUCUAUAUAUAGUAACGUUCCAGCGAUUCUAUAGCAUAACUAAUACGAAAAUACAAUAAAUAAUCCGUCGAACGAUUAACACUUAUCUUGGCGUUUAUAUACAUACGUGCACGCGUGGGUAUAUAUUAACAAUACAUAUUAUAUAUAAUAAGAUACAUAAAACUUUAUAUUAAUUCUAUUUUUUAUCUUUAUAUAAGUUCUAUAUAUCUAUAUUAACAAUAGAUAUAUAUAGAACUUUACAUUCCAAAAUGUAUUCGAUACGUCUCUUAACAAUCCUAAUUUCUUUGUAAUUUUAAUAAAAACGUCUUUCUAUUGCGUUAACUUUGAUAUCUUUUUUGUUAUAAUUAUUAUUAAUAUUACUCGGGAAAAGUAUUGAAUGUAGUUAUACAAAAUUUUUUCCCUUUUAUAUUUAUUUAUUUAUUUAUUUUUUUUUUAAGUAGGAUAG